CCUCAUUAACACAAACCAUUCUGUGUCCAGAUCCCGUAGAUAUGGAUCAGAAGCAAACCCAUUCCCGUAAUAUACCCUUUUUUAUUUUCUUCCCGGCCUCUUGCAAAUUGCCAUUGCAACCGACAGCCAAUUUUCUUUAGUUUUCUUUUCCCGCAGAUUUCUUCACAAAAAAGGAAAAUUCCAAUUCCCCGUCCCCUUUCUUGCUUGCUUAUCUCAUUCCAUUCGCAUUUGUUCCUCCACAAAAAGAUUCAUCUUCUUCGCCAUUUGAGCGAACCAGCCAGAUCUUCCUUCUGGUUCUGGAGGUCCGAUUCAGCCCUCCAUCUCCGAGCUCUUCUGAAUCUCUCUUUCAGAUCCCAUGGCUCGGCUCCUCCUCCUCCCUCUCCUCCUAGCCCUCCUCUUCUCCAUCUCCUCCGCGGAGAUCCGCUCCUCGGAGGUCCGAUCCGACGACCGCCCCAUCAUCCCCUUCGACGAAUUCGGAUUCACACACUCCGGCCGCCUAGAGCUCAACGUCUCCAAGAUCCAGCUCUCCAACAACAACCCCGAUCUCGACCUCGCCAAGGUCGGGUUCUUCCUCUGCACCAGGGACACGUGGCUCCACGUCCUCCAGCAGCUGGAGGACGGCGAGAUCACCUGCGCGCUCCAAUCGGACCUCAUCAAGACCGUGUUCACCUUCAAGGACAUCCCCGCCGGCAGGAAGGAGCACGGAGUCGUCUACAAGGAGACCGAUGCCGACCAAUUCACGCUCGUCUUCGCCAAUUGCUUGACCUCGCUCAAGGUCUCCAUGGACGUCCACUCCGCGAUGUACAAUCUCGAGAGAGGCGGCGGCACGCGCGAUUACCUCUCCGCCGGGAGGACGAUCCUGCCUAGGGUUUACUUCCUCUUCUCCCUGGCCUAUUUCGUUAUGGCCGGGAUCUGGAUUUCCGUCCUCUACAAGAAGCGCCUCACCGUUUUCAGGAUCCAUUUCUUCAUGCUCGCCGUUGUUAUCAUGAAGGCUCUGAAUCUUCUGUUUGAGGCCGAGGAUAAGUCUCAUAUCAAGAGGACUGGCAGCGCUCAUGGAUGGGAUGUGUUGUUCUAUAUCUUCAGCUUUUUCAAGGGGAUUGCUGUAUUCACUUUGAUCGUGUUGAUUGGAACUGGGUGGUCGUUCUUGAAGCCUUAUUUGCAGGACAAGGAGAAGAAGGUGCUGAUGAUUGUGAUUCCACUUCAGGUUGUGGCCAAUAUCGCGCAGGUGGUGAUCGACGAGACGGGGCCCUAUGGCCAGGAUUGGAUCACAUGGAAGCAGAUUUUCUUGUUGGUUGAUGUGGUUUGCUGCUGUGCGGUUCUGUUCCCCAUUGUUUGGUCCAUCAAGAACUUGCGGGAGGCUGCCAGGACUGAUGGCAAGGCUGCAGUGAAUUUGAUGAAGUUGACCCUGUUCAGGCAAUACUACAUUGUUGUGAUCUGCUACAUUUACUUCACCCGUGUGGUGGUUUAUGCGCUGGAGACGAUCACCUCGUACAAGUAUCUCUGGACCAGCGUGGUGGCGAGCGAAUUGGCCACGCUUGCAUUUUACUUGUUCACCGGGUUGAAGUUUAAGCCCGAGGCACAUAACCCUUACUUUGUCAUUGACGAUGAGGAAGAGGAAGCUGCCGCGGAACAGUUGAAGCUUGAAGAUGAAUUCGAGCUGUAAUUUUGUUGGAUGAAUGAGGGGAAGGUGUCCCACUGAGAUGAUUAAGGUUAGAAAGAAUUUACAAUCAGCUCUAUAUUUGUCUGUCUCGAAUGUUUAAGGGCGUCGUUCAUAUGUGAUUGUUAAUGUGGUACUUCUUGAUGUAAUUUUUGAGUUAAAGGGUUACUAGGAUAGCUUUUCUUUGUUAUAAUACUUUCUGAUGUGUGGAAAAAGUAGCCAUUUUGGAUACUGUUGCAUUACUCCAGACUGCAUAUUCAGUUACUAGUAUCUUUGACAAUUGUGUAGCCUCUGUUUUGUUAUCAAGCCUUAAUCGAUCUUUCCCUCCUUGAAUGCGAGGCAACGAUUCUUGUACCUAGGAAACUAACUCUGGCUAAUGGAAGGUGUUUAGUUGUAAUAGCUUGUUUGCUGCUGGAAUGAUGUUUUACAGAACUUUACAUAGCAAAUCAAAGGUGUCUAUGUUUCUCAUUUUAUAUGGUAGUAAUUUUCUCCAUGAUGGAUUAUUCGACUCGCGGCAAUUAGUGCAUGGCAUUGGCAGAAAGGUCUCUCAUGUUUGAUACAUGUAGGUUGUUAUUUGCCUUGAAAAAGCUAUUAAUAUGAUGUUACGCUUUGUUGCAUAUCUCAGUAUGAUUUCAAGGUUAUGUGAUUGUAUGUGAACUUUCCGUUGCCUUGUGUUGGGUAUUGGAUGGAUUUAUCCCGGUUAGAUGCACAGAACAGUUGCAGUGUCUAAAAUUUUGUCAACUGGUUUAUCGCCAUUGAUCUUGCGGGAUCUUAUCUGUUCUUCCUCUGCUUAUUAUUCUGGUUUCACUAUUCGUAGCCAGUUAACUUCUAGACAUGAAAGAAUCAAGGAAUUUGCAUCUUAUAUGCCUGCCACAUUCAUUGUGGUUGGGGAUCUCUUUCUUUAUUGGUAACAAGUAAACAGGUAAACCUAUAGUUUAAACUCAUUUGUUUCUAGGGCAAGAUUGUGGUUUAGCAAGCAUUCUUGCUUGUUGUUUCGUCAGAGAUGCUUUCGUUGCUCCUGGCAAUUUUCAUGUGAUUGUCUGUCACCAAAUGCAGUUUCCAGGUUGCUGUUUGUUUUUCUUGUUGUUGCAAGCCAAGUCGAUGAGUGCCUAUCAUAAAACUCAACCAGGUCAGAAACCGGACUCGUUCAGCCCAUUGUCGUAGCCCAACUCCCAGCCCGCUCUCUUUUCUUCCCAGCCCGCUCUUAAUUUGGGCAUUUUUCCAGUCACGUGAUCCCCGAUCCGCCUCAAGAAGAGAUGGGCCGGCCCAGCUCAUCAGCCCAUUCCACGUACGGCCUUCCGUUUAUCUAUGGUCCCAUUUGAGUUUGAAUUAAAUUUUGGGCGCCCGAUCCUCUCCUUAGUUUCAAAUCUUUUUUUUUUAAAAACCCACUUUUCCUCUCUUUGAAAAUUCCUCCUCGUCUUGUAGCUCGGAACUCUUUUCUUUUCCUUCUUCAGUUUUGAAGCUAUUACGGGUUAACGCCAAAAAUACUUUGCUUUCUUCUGCAGAAGGCAGAAAUAAAGCAGAAAUAAAGCA